CCCUGCCACAUCCUAUUCUGAGCAGCAUCACAUGGUAACCAUGGUAACACUUCGGCCUAAAAUUGAGGCUGAUGGUCACGUGAUAUCACAAGAUGGCGACUUCGUGAAAGAUGGAUACGGUGAUGUGGUCUUUCUAACUGCGGUGGAAAUUGUCAUCUAUUGCGCUUCAAUUAACGCACCAAGAAUGGCUCUAAAUGUCUUUGACCAUGAUGAAUACAGGCCACCAGUGUGGAAAUCUUAUCUGUAUCAGCUUCAACAGGAGGCACCACAUCCACGGCGAUUGACCUGCACCUGUGAGGUGGAUGACCGGCCCAAAUACUAUGGGAGAGAGUACCAUGGGAUGGUAUCCAGAGAUGAGGCUGACCAGCUGCUGAGUGUGGCAGAGGGCAGUUACCUCAUCAGGGAGAGCCAGAGGCAGCCUGGGACCUACACACUGGCCCUACGCUUUGGAAAUCAAACCAAGAACUUCCGCCUCUACCAUGAUGGGAAACACUUUGUCGGGGAGAAGCGCUUUGAGUCCAUCCACGACCUUGUGACAGAUGGGCUGAUCACACUCUACAUCGAGACCAAGGCAGCAGAGUACAUCGCUAAGAUGACCAUUAACCCAAUCUAUGAGCACAUUGGCUACACAACACUCAACAAGGAGCCCACACUGAAGAAACACUUGCCCGUGUGCCAGGAGGUUCCCGAUGGGCCUGCUCCACAGGGAGAGCGGGUUGACGAGGAGAAAGGGCUCACCUCACUGGUCCGUCGAGCCACCCUGAAGGACAAGGACCACGCGACCAAGUAUGAGAAAGUCCACAAUUUCAAGGUGCACACCUUCCGGGGACCCCACUGGUGUGAAUAUUGUGCUAACUUCAUGUGGGGCCUCAUCGCUCAGGGAGUGAAAUGUGCAGAUUGUGGUUUGAAUGUCCACAAGCAGUGUUCCAAAAUGGUGCCAAAUGACUGCAAGCCUGACCUCAAGCAUGUCAAGAAAGUAUACAGUUGUGACCUUACGACACUGGUAAAAGCCCACAAUUCCAAGCGACCCAUGGUGGUGGACAUGUGCAUACAAGAGAUUGAGUCUAGAGGUGUUCAGUCUGAGGGCCUGUACAGAAUCUCAGGCUUCAGUGAUCUGAUUGAAGAUGUGAAGCUGGCUUUCGACAGAGAUGGUGAAAAGGCGGACAUUUCUGUGAAUGUAUAUGAAGACAUCAACAUAAUCACUGGCGCACUGAAACUGUAUUUCAGGGAUUUACCUAUUCCUCUUAUCACGUACGACGCUUACCCAAAGUUCAUGGAGGCAGCAAAGAUAACGGAUCCAGACAAGCGGUUGGAGGCCCAUCAUGAAGGUCUGAAGCUGCUGCCACCUGCACACUGUGAAACACUGUGUUAUCUCAUGGCCCACUUAAAGAGGGUAACCCAAAAUGAUAAAGACAACCUGAUGAAUGCAGAAAACCUUGGCAUUGUUUUUGGGCCCACCCUCAUGCGUGCCCCAGACCUGGAUGCGAUGACGGCACUCAAUGACAUCCGCUACCAGAGACAGGUGGUGGAGACGCUCAUAAAGAACGAAGACAUUCUGUUCUGAAAGGGGAUGACAAACAAUGAAGGAAUAUUAAAUCUUGAAUAAGUGAUUUACUCAUCAUUUCGAAAGGAGGAAGUGACCAUGUGUUUUGAAUAUUUUCCCUUUGUUAAACCAAGACUUUAAUAAUAAUGGAGUAUUUGAGCCAUUGUACAUUCUCUCCCACUCCCAGUGAACCCUGUCUGAAGAGAUGUCUGUUGGGUUUGGAUCACGUACCUUAGACUUGUCUUUUGCAUGUUCACCUCCCCCCCCAUUUCUGUCGGGGGUAAUUGAUGGAACACACAUUCCUUCUGGAUAGCCAGUAUGUGUUUUGUUUUCAGAUAUUGGGUCACACCAAAGAGAUAGAGGACUCAUCUUUAUUGCUGACAUUAUAGCGUCUGUGACAGCAUGGGCAGUGCCAUUGAAGCUACAACCCAUAGGAAUCCCCACCCCGUUGGCUACUUUUACUACUUUAAAAUGGCAGAAGCAUGGUGUAAGCCCUCAAUGUCCAUGCCAAAACGGGUUAUAUCCAUGACGAGUCCUAUCUAUCUUCAUGGGUCACACUCACUCAUUAACUGCUCUCUCUGAUCUUGUACUGGUAGAUGUGGCUCAUUGUUUCAUGAUGGGUUUAUUCUUCCUGUGAAUCACUAAUGUACCUGGAUUUAACAUUGGUUAAAAACCUUUUUUAUUUUGUU